AUGCAGUUAGCGUGGGUGAGCACUUUGUGCUGGGUCCCAUGCCCAGGAGCCACCCUUGGUGAUGCCACAGUAGAUACAGACACCCACCUGUGUCACUCUGCCCGCAGCCCACCAGCAGGAAUGGGCAUUGGGGCAAACCCUGAGUCAGUGCUGAAGGGAAGUGGUGGUCCCCAGCAUGCCAGGUGCUGUGCCCAGGGAUGCAUGCCAAAACUUGCUUUGCACAGAGCCAGAAUAUCCUGUCAAGAGUCAGGGCCAUGCGUGGCACAUACUGAAUCUCACCCCUCAAUGCUUUCACCCUUUCCGUUUGUUCUCUCCCCAGACUCCAAAGUCUUUCUCAUCUACAACACGGGCACGCAGGGCUGCCUGGAGACCAAGGACUCGCUGGUGCGACUGGCCAAGGGCUGCAACGCCAGUUCCACAGCCCAGCAGUGGAAAUGGGUCUCCCGAAAUCGCCUCUUCAAUGUGGGGGCCAUGCAGUGCCUGGGAGUAUCAUGGCAUGGCACCAAUGCCACAGCAGGGCUGCACCUCUUGGCCACCUAUGAGUGUGACCGUGAGUCAGUCAACAUGCGCUGGAGCUGCCGUGGGCUCGGGGAGCAGCUCUCGCAGCAUCUAGGUGCCCGCCUGGGCAAUUCCUCCCUGGACAGGGGGGACCAGGUGCAUGGCUCACAGUGGAGGACGUAUGGCACCGAGGAAGAUCUGUGCUCCAUGUCCUACUCUGAGAUUUACACCAUCCAGGGCAACUCCCAUGGGAAGCCCUGCACCAUCCCCUUCAAGUACGACAACCAGUGGUUUCACGAGUGCACCAGCACAGGACGGGAGGAUGGGCACCUCUGGUGUGCCACCACCCAGGACUAUGGCAAGGAUGAGCGGUGGGGCUUCUGCCCCAUAAAGAGCAAUGACUGUGAGACCUUUUGGGACAAGGACCACCUCACAAACAGCUGCUACCAGUUCAACUUCCAGUCCACCCUGUCAUGGCAGGAAGCCUGGAAUAGCUGUGAGCAGCAAGGGGCCAACCUGCUGAGCAUCACAGAGAUCCAUGAGCAGACCUACAUCAAUGGUCUGUUGACUGGGUACAGCUCCACGCUCUGGAUUGGCCUGAAUGACCUGGACAUCAAUGGAGGCUGGCAGUGGUCGGACAACUCACCCCUCAAGUACCUCAACUGGGAGAAUGACCAGCCCGACAACCCCAGUGAGGAGAACUGCGGGGUGAUUCGCACCGAGUCGUCCGGGGGAUGGCAGAACCGCGACUGUGGCAUCGCCCUCCCCUACGUCUGCAAGAAGAAGCCCAACGCCACGGCUGACCCCUUCCUGGCGGACUCGUGGUCAGAGGUGAAGGUGGACUGUGAGCCCAGCUGGCAGCCCUUCCAGUCCAACUGCUACCGGCUGGUAGGAGAGAAGAAGAGCUGGCAGGAGGCAAAGAAGACCUGCCUGCGGAGUGGGGGUGAUUUGGUCAGCAUCCACACGCUCUCUGAGCUGGAAUUUGUCACCAAGGAGAUCAAGCAAGAUGUGGAGGAGCUCUGGAUUGGCCUAAAUGACCUCAAGCUGCAAAUGAACUUUGAGUGGUCAGAUGGGACACCUGUGAGGUUCACGUACUGGCACCCCUUUGAGCCUAACAACUUCCGUGACAGCCUGGAGGACUGUGUUACCAUCUGGGGACCGGAAGGGAGGUGGAAUGACAGCCCGUGUAACCAGACCCUGCCCUCCAUCUGCAAAAAGCCUGGUCGGGUGAGCCAGGAGAAGGAGGAGGAUGACCACGGGUGCCGAAAGGGCUGGAAGUGGCACAGCCCAUCCUGCUUCUGGCUGGGUGAGGACCGUGUCCCCUACACUGACGCCCGCAAGACAUGCUCUGACUACAGCUCCACGCUGGUUACCAUCACCAACAGGUUCGAGCAGGCAUAUGUGAGCAGUCUCAUCUAUGGCUGGGAUGGGGAGUAUUUUUGGACAGCUCUGCAGGACAUCAAUGAGACGGGCGCAUUCCACUGGCUGAGCGGUGAUGAGGUGACGUACACUCACUGGAACCGCAACCAGCCCGGUUACAACAAGGGUGGCUGCGUGGCCCUGGCCACCGGCAGCUCCAUGGGGCUGUGGGAGGUGAAGAACUGCAGCACCUUCAAGGCCAAGUACAUCUGUCGACAGAACUUGGGCACCCCAGUCAAUCCUGAACUGCCCAGUCCUUUCCCCACACCCAGCCUCACUGCCACCUGCCCCCCAGGAUGGAGCUCCGACCCCAAACUACGUCAUUGCUACAAGGUAUUCAACUUCGAAAAGCUGCAAGAGAAGAAGACGUGGAUCGCUGCACAGGAAUUCUGCCGGGAGCUGGGAGCCCAGCUGCUCAGCCUAGGCAGCUAUGAGGAGGAGCAUUUUGUUGCCAACACCCUCAACAAGAUUUUUGGGGAGUCAGAACCGGAGCUCCAUGAGCAGCACUGGUUCUGGAUUGGCCUGAACCGGCGGGACCCUGCUGGGGACCAGAGCUGGAGGUGGAGCGACGGCCUGGGGUUUUUCUACCACAACUUUGACCGCAGCAACUAUGAUGAUGAUGACAUCCGGAGCUGCACAGUGCUGGAUCUGGCCUCCCUGCAGUGGAUGCCAAUGCAGUGUGAAGCCCAGCUGGACUGGAUCUGCAAACUGCCCAAAGGUGCCGAUGUGAAGGAGCCAGAGAUCACAACCCAAGGCAGCAAAGAGUGGGUGAAGUACCAGGAAGCCGAGUACAAGUUCUUUGAACACCACUCAACAUGGCUGCAGGCAAAGCGCAUCUGCAGCUGGUUCCAGGCUGAGCUGACGUCGGUGCACAGCAAGGCCGAGCUGCACUUCCUGGGCCAGAACCUGAAGAAGUUCUCCAGGGGCCAGGAGCAGCACUGGUGGAUUGGGCUGCACACCUACGAGAACGACGGGAGGUUCAAGUGGUCUGAUGGAUCCCUCCUCAACUUUGUCUCUUGGGCACCAGGCAAGCCUCGGCCCAUCAGCAAGGACAGGAAGUGUGUGUACAUGACAGCCAGCCGAGAGGACUGGGGGGACCAGAAGUGCAUGACAGCACUUCCUUACAUCUGCAAGCGAAGCAACGCGACAGCUGUGAAGCCUUCCCUCUUUCCGGUACCUGCUGCCACAAGUGGGGGCUGUCCCCAAGGCUGGCUGCCCUUCCUCAGCAAGUGUUUCAGCUUCAAUGGCCACAACAAAGGCGAGAUAGUGAAGUGGCCAGAGGCGAAGCAGUUGUGUGAGAGCCAGGGCGCCAUCCUGGCCACCAUUGCCAGCCCCCUGGAGCAGGCCUUCAUCACUUCCAUGCUGCCCAACAUCUCCUUGGACCUCUGGAUUGGCCUGCACGAUGCCCAGGGGGAGUUCCAGUGGGUGGAGGGGGAACCGCUGCGGCACGUGAGCUGGGCACCUGGAGAGCCCUCAGGCUGCAGCUCCUCCAGCCCCAAUGACAAGCUGACCAACUGUGUUGUGGUGUGGCAUGGCUCACCCCCUCUCUUCACGGGACGCUGGGAUGACCGGAGCUGCCUGGAGGAGAAACACGGCUAUGUCUGCCAGCGGAGCAUAGACCCGGCCCUGAGCCCUGCGCAGGCACCAUUCCCCCCUUCUCCUACUGGCACCCUCUUUUACCACAACAGCACUUACCGCAUCCUGCAGAAACCCCUCAGGUGGCACGAGGCGCUGCUGCUUUGCGAGACCCUCAAUGCCACCCUGGCCACCAUCUCCAACCCUUACAGCCAGGCCUUCCUCACACAGGCCGUCAGCAGCCUGCAGGCUCCGCUCUGGAUUGGGUUGGCCAAUGAUGAGGGAGGCCGGAGCUACUCGUGGCUGACGGAGGAGAAUCUCAUCUACACCAACUGGCAGGACGGGGAGCCCCAGCAGAUCACUGGCUGCUCCUACAUGGACACGGACGGGAGCUGGCGCACAGCUGGCUGUGACACCAGGCUGCAGGGGGGCAUCUGUCAGUUCCAAACAGGUCACCCCCGCACGCACAAGUGGACCUACAGUGGCAGCUGUCCCAAAUCGCUGGAGGACUCGUCCUGGAUCCCCUUCCGGGAUCACUGCUACACCUUCCACAUGGAGAUCACUCUUGGGCAGAAGGAUGCCAUGAAGAGGUGCCAGAAAGUUGGCGGCACAGUGUUGUCCAUCCAGGAUGAAAUGGAGAAUGUCUUUGUGUGGGAGCAUCUCCAGGCGUACGAGGGCCUUUCCAAGGGGGCCUGGCUGGGCAUGACCUUCAACCCCAAAGGUGGCACCUUGGUUUGGCAUGACAACAGUGCUGUGAACUACUCCAACUGGGGCCAGCACGACACGGGGCCCAGCAUGCUUAGCCAGAACAGCUGCUACUGGAUCCAGAGCAGCAAUGGCGUGUGGCGUUUAGGCUCCUGCACAAACGUAACCAUGGGGGUCAUUUGCAAGAUCCCCCGAGUGGAGGAGAGCAGCUUUUCCAGGGCAGCUCUGCCAGAGAACACAACAACCAUCGCAGUGGUUGUGCUGUCGACACUGGCACUGUGCACCGUGCUGGGGGUCGUUGUCUUCCUGUACAAGCGCCGACAGGGCGCAGAGCGGGGCGCCUUCGAGAGCGCUCGCUACAGCCGCACCACCUCCAACCCCAGUGAAUCUGCUGAGAAGAACAUCCUGGUGUCAGACAUGGAGAUGAACGAGCAGCAAGACUAAUGGCA